AUGGGGACUGGAAACUACACAACAAUGACAGAGUUCAUUCUAUUGGGGUUAACAGAAGAUACCACAGUUUGUGCAAUUUUAUUUAUUGUGUUUCUUGGGAUCUAUGUGGUCACCUUACUGGGCAAUGUCAGCAUAAUCAUGUUAAUCAGAAGCAGCCCUCAGCUUCAUACUCCAAUGUACCUUUUCCUCAGCCAUCUGGCCUUUGUAGACAUUGGGUACUCUUCAUCAGUCACACCAGUCAUGCUUAUGGGUUUCCUCAGGAAAGGAACUUUAAUCCCUGUUGCUGGUUGUGUAGCCCAACUCUGUUCUGUGGUGACAUUUGGGACAGCUGAGUGCUUCUUGCUAGCUGCCAUGGCCUAUGAUCGCUAUGUAGCCAUCUGCUCACCCCUGCUCUACAACACCCACAUGUCCCCUAGAAUCUGCAUUUUCUUAGUGGGCAUGUCCUACCUAGGUGGGUGUGGGAAUGCUUGGACAUUCACUGGCUGUCUGUUAAGUCUGUCCUUCUGUGGGCCAAAUAAAGUCAAUCACUUUUUCUGCGACUAUUCACCACUUUUAAAGAUUUCUUGUUCUCACGAUUUUAUUUCUGAAAUUGUUCCAGCCAUCUCAUCGGGCUCCAUCAUCGUGAUCACAGUGUUUAUCAUUGCUCUCUCUUAUGUCUACAUCCUUUUUUCAAUCCUGAAGAUGCGCUCUAGAGAGGGGCGGCACAAGGCCUUCUCCACCUGCACCUCCCACCUCACUGCAGUCACUCUGUUCUAUGGGACCAUUACAUUCAUUUAUGUGAUGCCCAAAUCCAGCUACUCAACUGACCAGAACAAAGUGGUAUCUGUGUUCUACACAGUAGUGAUCCCCAUGUUGAACCCCCUCAUCUACAGUCUCAGGAACAAGGAGGUUAAAGAGGCUGUGAGGAAACUGAUGGCUAGGACCCACUGGAGAUCAUAA